UUUCCAGAUGGAAGAACAAACACCUUUGCUUUUUCUUUGUCAGAACAGGCUGAGCAUGAAAGAUAUUAUCAAUCAGGAGUACAUUAUAAUAAGGGAUUAAAAGGGUUGAACGUAUGAGCAGCUCUCUCUUCACACUGGAUGUUGCGGUCCCUCAUAUCGGGGCUCUCCGUUUACAUUAUUCAUACGGAGGAGGGUGUGACUUGUUGGCUCUUUUUCCGCCUGUAUAAAACGAGAACUUUGCGUAAAAGAAAAUACAGAUGGAGAAGGCUAGCCGGCUCGCUGUGUCACAGAGAGUCCCCUUAAGCUUACGUGACAACUCACAUACUGUCCCUUUGUGACCAGCUUAAUCGGCAGAAUGUCCGGUCUCUGCGUGCUUUGUCUCGCCAUCGCGCUGGCUGCGUUCACCCGGCUCGCCGGCACCGUUGGGCCGGUGGUCCGAUGCGAGCCGUGCGAGGCUGGGGCGCUCCUGCAGUGUAAGCCCCUGCCGAAGGACUGCGCGGAGCGAGUGAGGGAGCCCGGCUGCGGCUGCUGCGUGACGUGCGCCCUCGGUGAGGGACUGGCGUGUGGAGUGUACACGGCGCGCUGUGGCUCCGGCUUGACCUGCCAGCACCGGCCGGGGGAAAGCCGACCCCUGCAAGCUCUGUUGGAGGGACGGGGAGUGUGCUCCAGCGCCGCGGCCAAAAAACUAAACAGCCUUCUCAUACCGGUGCAAAAACAAGAGAACGCUGGAAAUCUUGUAGAAGAAGACUGUGCCAACGGGACCGCGACCAUGACAGUGUUGCCUGAUCUGGCGACCGUGAAGGGUGGGCACGGUCGGGGGUCGAUGGACACCAGACCUCCGCUGCACAACAAGUUGAUCCAGAAAGAUCAGAACAGGAAGACUCAGGGCUACAAGGUGGAAUCGGUGUCAGGAGGAGCUAAUAUGGACAUGCACUUCUCCCUGGAGAACAAGAGGGAGACCGAGUAUGGGCCGUGUCGGCGGGAGAUGGAGAGCGUCCUGAGCCGUCUUAAAAUCGGCAACGUGAUCAACCCGAGAGGCUUCCGCAUACCCAACUGUGACAGAAAGGGCUUCUACAAGAAAAAACAGUGCCGUCCAUCCAAAGGCAGGAGGCGGGGCUACUGCUGGUGUGUGGACAAAUACGGGUGGCCUCUGCCCGGCUACAACGGCGAGGAGCAGGCCGAGAAGAAGUGCCACAACCUGGAGAGCAAAUGAUGGAUGCAAGUGGACGGUGGGGGGAGGGAGACAGAGAGAGAAAGAGCCAAUUUUGUCCGUGCAUGUAGUUUUAUGUAAACAUUUGGAGAGGCUCUGGACCUUUGAUUUCGGGUCCCAUUUCUGUCGGCGAGUUAGGGGAAAAGAAGUAUGGGGGGAGGGGUAGAGCACCGCCUCGGCAACUGGCCAAGACUCCUGUCCAUCACAGCUAUCUGUCCUGUGCUUAGAGAACCUUUAACCUUUCUUAAAAAGAAAACAACAAUUAAGCUGAGAGAAAAGGGGAAGAAAGAGAGAAUCCUACCAUCUGCACUAUUCUUUUAGAGAGAGAGGAAGGACGGACUUUUCCACUCACUUUAAAGAGGACAUGUUUGUGACUGUGACCCAAAAAAAAUGCACCGCCACCGUUUCUAUUGUGUGUGUCGGUCUAUGAGUGUUUAACCGCAAGUCUGUGUGUGUGUGUCUUUAUGUGUGAGCACCUGCAUAACGUACGUGUGCACAGCUGCAUGUCUGUGCAAGAUGGCGUGUGAGUGUGCGCUUUCCCGAAAGUGUUUAUUUGUGUAAAUAUUGUAUGUUACUAAGCUCAGAGAUGUCAGACUGCCCAUCCCCAGCCCAUGCUCCAUCAACCAAUGCAGAAUUUAAAAAAAAAAGUUCUCUGGCACAGAGUCCAAUUUGAAGGGAAGGAUAAAGGGAUGGCAGGGCUUUGGCUUCUAAUUCAGCACCAAGGGCCCACCUUGCUGCCUCUGGCUUGUCCCUUUCCCUGCUAUCGGGAAGGGAAUAGAGGCAAACCAUGCAGUUUCAGUGCCUUAUAAACAAACCUUCCCAUGCCUCCCCUCUUCUUCACCCUCUGUAGUCCUUGUUUGAAGGAAUACUUCACUAAAAAUCUACCUUUUAGCUUGAAAUUUGACUCUAACAUGUUUAGCAUCUGUGUGGAGGACUGAGGCUGUAGUUAGUUUGGAUUCACAUCAGAUACAAUACAUUGGAAGGGUGAUCCUGCAAAAAACAGCACGCCAGCGUCCAGAGAAACGUCUGAAUCCAGCUAGUACACUACUCCUGGCAGACAGUCGUAGCUAUAAGGCUGCAAGAGUGUGAAGUGGAAGUUGUGUGUUUAGCUUUGUUCUGGAGAAACUCUGUUGGGACACACUGAAGACAGAGAUGAACAGCAGAGAAGUGGAUUAAGAUGCAGAAUGUGCCAAACUCUUAGCCUGAUUCCAGACCUCUAUUCUUCAUUGAAGGUUGGCAUUACACCUCUAAUCAAUCUGAAAAAAACAAACAUUAUUACUGUUCCCGACAUCUGCUACCACAGCUUCCAUUUUAACAAAGUAAAACAAGUUGGCGUAUUCAUCAGUUGCUACUUAUUUGCAAAUAGUCUGUCCUCAAAAAACAGCCAACAUCAGACUGAACACUGAAGUGAACAUGAAAGUGCAUUUCAGUGUAACUCAGAGCACAUCACAUCACCGAAAUAUGACUAAAGACAGCCUUCAUUGUCGCUAGCACCGUUAGCUCUUUAUGUGUAGUUACGAUUGACAACGAGCUGAAGAGCUAACUGCGCUAGAAACUAAUUGACGUUGUUUGUUUGGCCACAAAAGGAAUGUAUGAGUUGUGCUGCUGCAGUGGUUUGAGACGUUUCUAUGGACGUUUUGAUACUUUUUGUGGGACUUUAGUGUGACCAAUGUAUUCCACUGUAACUGCUUUGAAUCCCGAGUAUUUAAAACUCAAAGGACAGAUUGCUGGUGGAGUAUUAUUAUGAGGUGCUCACAUGCCGCCCUGCAGUCUUAGGGAUCAGUUCUUCUGUCCACAUCCAUGUCCCUGUCCCACUGUCGCUCUAACCUGCUGCCCUGUGUCCUCAUCUCCUCCUCCCGUGUCCGUCAUGUCAACCCUACAUGUCUUUACUCCCUGUUUAAAACUGUGUCCUUGUCUUUGCACCCGAUCCCGCCUCUAACCCACUAACUCGAGCUGUUAGUCCCCACUCCUGCCCCACCUCCAGUCCUCUUCCUGUCAGUGGUGCAACCUGGUGUAGGCUUGUUUGAACGGGGCGAGGCCCGGUGUGACCGGCCCACCCUGCCGCAGGUGCCAGCUGCCCCUAUGCUUCAAGCACAAGCACUUAAAGCACUUUAGCUGCGCCGCUAUACUCGUCAAUGCAUGCAGUUAAAGACAAUUGGACCUACCUGCAUCUGCAUACCUUUCCUUAGAGGUAAUGUCAGAUGAAACAGUGUGAUACUGUAAGAAAACAAAAAUAACCCAGGGAGGAGGAGAAAAAAGAAGAGAAUAAAAAAAGGGAAAAACUAAGCUACACCAGGACUUCUGACAGCAAUUCUUAUCAAACACCCCUCAGAAAGUUCCCAUUCAAUGCAACUACUUUCUUUUGUUGUUGUUGUUGUUGUUGUUGUUGUUGUUGUUGUUGUUUCUUCUGAGAAAUGCUUGUAUGAUCGUAUGCCAACAACUCUCCACAAGGUGGACACAGAACCAAAUAUGCAUUCACACAAGUGGUAGGGGGUCUGAGGGAGGAGGCCGGGUCCUCGCCGAGGAGCUUCCUGCCCGAUGCUCUCCCACAUCCUGUGUAAAGACUUGAAAAGUGGAGAGAGUGCCGACAAAGAAUGCUUGCCCAGUAGCUUGGUAGCAUGAAAUCGGCUGUACACUUCCUUUAAUAGAGAGCAGCAACUUAGAACCAACGGGUUGGUGCUAUAUCCCAUCUAUUCAAAGACUUGAUGUAUGGGGGAGGAACAUACAUACAAAUAUGUUUAAGCUAUUCCCUCCCUAAUAUUUGUAAGUGUGUCUUUUUUAUAUAUAAUAUUAUUAUUAUUAUUUCCUGGCCAGCUAUGUGUCUGACUAGACAUCAUGUACAGUACUUAAAAAUAAAAAUUAUUUAUCUAAGAAAGAAUUAUAAGCUGAUCCAAACUAGGUUUUCUUAUGAACAAUUCAAUGACU